AUGGAACCUACUAACGAUGAAUCUGGCAAACGAAUUUUCAUCCCAGCUAUUGGGUCUUUAGGAGAUGUCAAACCUUACUUGACUCUGGCGAAGGAAUUGAAAAAACAAGGCUAUGUUGUAUGGCUUGGCGUUCACAAACGUUUCGAACAGCGAAUCAAGGACAAUGGCAUUGAUACGGUAGAAAUUGGUGGUGAUAUGGAAAUUGCAUUAUCAACUACGCCGGAAGGAAUCGAAUUGCAACGAAAUCCAAGUGUGUUUAAAAUAGGUUUGGUGAAACGCGUAUUUUUACCAUUACUGGAAGAAUGGUUCACAGGAAUUCUCUCUGGUUUGAAGAAUGCUGAUUUGAUUGUUUUGUCAAUCACGUCAAUCAUCGCCGGGUUAGCUUGUGUUGAAAAAUAUCCCAAUGUGAAAGCAGUUGGAAUCUACACGUAUCCGUGUCGACCUUCAGUUGAAUUUGCUCCACCUGCUCUGAGUGGUAAAAGUGAAAGUUUAUUCGGCUGGAUUAAUUCACUAAAAUGGAAACUUUUUGAAUACGGUGCAUCGAGCAUGUAUACUGAAAGAAUUAACCAACUUCGUGCAAACAUCGAUCUGCCACCGAUCAAGUUAUACUACGAUGAAAUGGUUCGAUCAAUUUUUAAAAGACCACUGCCAACAGUGACGAUUUAUUCCAAAGGUUUGCUCCGACAACCUAGUGAUUGGCCAGGGAAUGAAUUGAUGGUUGGUCCAGUUCUUUCCGAAGACGAGAAUACAGAUUACCAACCAUCAGAAGAGCUUCGAGAUUUCCUUAAUAAAUGGCAGAAUGAAAAGAUUAUCUAUAUUGGAAUCGGAUCAAUGAUGGGUAUUAUGUUUAACAACGACGAACAGCUGCAAUUUUUACUCCACAUAGAAAAUGUUAUUCAAGCAAUAAAAUGUAAAGCGAUUAUUUCAUUAGCUGGAUUUCGGAUCAGUAACAACGAUAAGCUAUCGGAUCACAAUGAAAAUCUCUUCUACCUAAAAGAGAUGAUACCUCAUACGUGGCUAUUUCCUAAAAUAUCAGCAGUCGUUCAUCAUGGUGGUGCCGGUACUACACAUACAGGUUUACGGUAUGCAUUACCAACAUUGGUAUUACCCUUUGGUGCUGAUCAACCUUUCAAUGGUGAUCGAAUCUUUAUCAACAAGCUCGGACCAAGACCUAUUCCUAUACGGGAGAUGAAUGCGAGAAGUUUAAAGAACGGAAUCGAAUGUUUAUUGAAUAACUACGCGGAAUAUCGAGCGAAUGCAGAAAAAGUGGGCCAAAUCAUUCAAGACGAAAAUGGACUAGGCUGUUGUAUAGAGUUGAUUAAAAAAGAGCUGAACUCAUAA